AGCAUUUGGUGAACAGUAAAUUCCAUUGUGGGUGAGUGAUUACCGCGGCCAUGAUUAAAAGGAAGAAUGCUAAGAGAUCCUGAAAGGCUGAAACCCUCACUUUGCAGACAUUGUCUCUGUUCAAUUAUCCAAAUUAGAUGGUCCAACUUACCCUCUUUUUCCUAUUGUCCAGCUGGAUUGGUGGCACUUCUACAAAUUAAAAUUGGGGGGUGAACUGAUUUCCGGGAAGGAAAACAAAAGGUGGUGCUUUGAGACUUGAACAGGAAAAAAAUUUCAAAAGCAACUCCAAUGAUAAAAGAUGAAGCAACAUCAUAACCAACCUCAUCAUGGUGGGUGCCAUCAACUUCUUUUUCACCUUCCCAAACAAAGAAAAGCCAAUUGUUGUGGAAUGCUAAGUCUUUUAGUAGUUAUUCUUUUACCACAUCUUACCUUCCCUCUCCCCAUUGUCUACUUGUGUUGAAUUUUUGGGUGAUAGGGGCCCUCUUAUUAAUUCCUUAUGCGAAAGGCUUAACAUGAGGGCAAAGAAUAAAUUCUAUGGUGCAGUUCUCGGUGAUGACUGUAUCUUUUGGAAUACAAUCGGGACUGGAAAUCAUCAUCCCCUUUUGGUGGGGUCACAAACUAAGAAUCACAGCCGUUGAUGCAAGAGCAAAAGAAUGCAUGUAGUUUCCAAGACUCAGGUGACCAAACGUUUUGAGUCCUUCAAACGGAAAAUGCCAGGGUUGGGCAUUUUUCCCUUUGGUGGGUGCUUUGAUGGCUGCCGGGACCAUACUCAAGCAUCCGGAUUCGGCACCAGGAUCUGGAACCUGAGUGACAGGGCUGUGGAGCUUCAAGUAAGAGUAGGAUCAAUACUAAAAAAAGUUCACACGCUGAAACCAGGGUCUUCAAAAAGGCUGAAAUGCAAGAGCAUAUACAAGGCCUAUAUGCCUGGAAGAAGUGGCAACGGCAGCGGAGGAAUGAAGAGCUUGCUGUAUUACUAUGAUGAAACGUGCCAUCCUUACAUUUGGGUACAUGACACCGGGGGUGAUUCUUCAAGGAUGGUCAAGCAGCAGUAUAUUAGUCUUGAAGACCUGAGGGAUUGUUCUGAGAUCAGAAUUUUUAGAGAUCACCAGAGAGGAUGCAUAUCGGUUCGCAAGAAACCGAGGCCUGAUUUUUGCUGAAACAUAUUUUCCUCUUUCCAUUUGUAAGUCUGCAAUGUCAUUUGCUGUUCAUGGGGAUUAAUGCUUGUUUUUCCACUGAUCCUUUUCUUCCCUAUACCCUCUUCUUUCUGAUAUCAUCAGUUGACCCUUUCCUUGUUUCCUGUUUCGUGUAUUUUAAGAAUUCAAGAUGCUAUUGCUGUGUUACAACAUAUGUAACAAAAAAAAAAUUAUCAUACAGAAUGAAAUUAAUGAUCUUGUUUUUUCUUUUCUGUAAUCUUACAUUUUGGGGAACACAAACUUUCUGCUACAUUUGCAUUAUCAGCAGUGUAGAAUGAAAAAAAAAAAAAAGGAAAACCAAAGUUGUUGCAUUGCCUAGCAAUGGCUACCCAGCAACUAAACAAUUACAAAAAGAAGUGUACUAUGAUUGGCUAAU